CAGUGCCACCCACCUGUGCCCACCCAUCUGUGCCCACCAGUGCCACCCACCUGUGCCCACCCACCAGUGCUGCCCACCAGUGCCACCCACCAGUGCAGCCCAGCAGUGCUGCCAGUCAGUGCCACCAUCAGUGCCGUCUAUCAGUACCCAUCAUCAGUGUCACCUAUCCGUGACACCUCAUUAGUGCUGCCUAUCAGUGCCGCCUAUCCGUGCCACCUCAUUAGUACUGCCUAUCAGUGCCCUUUAGUGCUGCCUAUCAGUGCCCAUCAUUGCUGCCUAUCAGUGCCCAUCAGUGCUGCCUCAUCAACGCACAUCAGUGAAGGAGAAAAAUUACCUGUUUGAAAAAUUUUUAUAAUAGAAACAAAGAAACUUUUUUUUUUUUUUUCAAAUUUUUUGCACUUUUUUUGUUUAUAG